AUGUCUGAAGAGUCUCUUCUACGUAUACAACGUCUCGAGCAAGAAAAUGCCCAGCUCAAAGAGGAGAUCGCCUUACUAAGUCAUCAAAACUCCUCCGAUGAAAUCUCCUUGACUUCUCUGUCUACCUCCACUCUAUCUCUCGAAGAGUACAGAAGAUAUGGAAGACAGAUGAUCGUUCCGGACUUCGGAUCGUUGGCCGGCCAGCUAAAGCUCAAAGAAUCAAAAAUCCUAGUAAUAGGUGCCGGUGGCCUUGGAUGUCCUGCCCUCCUCUAUUUAUGUGGUGCUGGUGUGGGAACGAUCGGUAUUUUAGAUAACGAUGUAGUGGAUGUAAGCAAUCUCCAUCGUCAGGUGCUACACACCACAGAUCGCGUUGGUAUGCUCAAAUGCGAGUCUGCCAGGAUGUAUUUGAGCCUUCUAAAUCCACAUGUCAAUGUCAUCACUCACCCAGAACGUCUCACGAACGAAAAUGCCUUUGCCAUCAUUUCUCAAUAUGAUUUGGUGGUGGAUUGUACUGAUACUCCAGCAACAAGGUACUUGAUUAACGAUGUUAGUGUUCUCUGCGGAAAGACCAUAGUCAGUGGUUCUGGAGUGAAGUCUGAUGGUCAAAUCACCGUGCUAAACUUCAACAAUGAAGGGCCCUGCUACCGUUGUUUUUAUCCCAAACCUCCAAAACCAGAAUCUGUCUCGACAUGCGGCGAUGCCGGCGUUCUAGGGCCUGCUAUUGGGCUCACAGGUGUGGCACUCGCUGUAGAAACCAUAAAGGUUCUCACAGGGUACUAUGAUGGCGCAUUCAAGCCCUUCCUUUCCAUGUAUACCGCAUAUCCUCAGCAGGCCAUGCGAGUAUUCAAAAUGAGAAACAGACAGCCGAAUUGUGCGUCCUGUGGAGACAGUCCCGUCAUCUCUAGAGCCAGUAUUGAGUCUAACGCUAUCAACUAUGCUGCAUUCUGUGGAAGUGUCAACUCCAAUGUGUUGACCGAAGACUUGAGAGUUUCUCCUCGAGACUUCCAGAAGAUAUUCGACCAGCAGAACGUAGUUGUCGUCGACGUUCGGCCCAAGGAGCAAUUUGGCAUCACAAAACUCCCCAACUCUAUCAACAUUGCAUGGGAGUAUAAUCUUGCCAAUAUGGAUUCCAUCGACAAAUACCUUCCUGCCACGUUCGACAAGGAUGUUGACCAUGUGUAUGUGGUCUGUCGAUAUGGUAAUGAUUCACAACUCGCGACAAGGAAACUUAUUGAUCAGUUUGGUUUCAAGCACGUGAAGGAUAUCAAGGGUGGAUUGAACAAAUGGAGCACCGAUGUCGAUCCCACGAUGCCUAUUUACUAG